UGUAAUACCCUAUUCGUGACUGUGGGGGAGUUUGCGUUGCUAUGGCAACGCUCGUUUGCUACCGGUGGACGUCUGGCGUUAGCGUUAAAGGGCUGCAGCGUUCCUUUUGACUAAAACAACAUUUCCAGUAGCUGCAUGUGGCUCGUCCCGUGUAUACGAUGCCCCCGAAAAACAAAGGCACAAGUAAAAAGUCAUCAGCAAAGACCAAGGCGCCUACAUUGAUCGAUGGCCUUACGAAGGAGGAGAUGUCAAAGGAGCAGCUGGAGGAGCACAUCGUGCGCCUGAGAGAGGAGCUGGAUAGGGAGAGGGAGGAGAGAAACUACUUUCAGCUGGAGAGAGACAAGAUUCAAACUUUGUGGAAGAUCACAGACAGAGAACUAGAAGAGGCGAAGGCUGAACGGAAAAACCUGGAUAAGGACAUAGAGGAGGAUGAGGGACGCCACCAAGUAGAGAUCAAGGUGUAUAAGCAGAAGAUGAAGCACCUCCUGUGUGAACACCAGAACACGAUCUCUGAGUUGAAAGCAGAUGGUUUAGUCACCAGUGAGGUGGUGCAGAAAGAGCAGCAACAGUUAGAGACCAAGCUACACAACGAAAGAAGAUCCAUCAUGGUGGACAUUCAGGAGCUUGACAAUGAAAGCCUCGUCAUGGAGCUUGAGCUGAAACACAAAGAAGAAAUGAGUGAAACAAGGAACGACUGGGAAAAGAAACUGGCAGAAGUUGAAGCCAAGUAUGAGGAAAAGUUGAAGCUGCUGCCGCAAGACCUGGACAACAUGAGGACUAACGUGACCAUUGAGAGAGAAGCUCAUUGGAAGAACCACAUCGCUGCUCUCACAGAAAACCACAACAAAGUUCUAAGUGAGGCUCAUGAGAUUGCACAUGGCAUGGAAGAUGUUGCGGAAGCAAGCCACUUAAUCAGGUUGGAAAUAAAAAAAAUGAAGACGGAUCAGACGGUGAAGGAAAAGGACCUGAUCCCUGUUCUGCAGGACAACAAACGUCUCGCUGACUUAAUAACAGAAGCCAAGAAGGAAGUGAACGACCUUGAGAAAAAAAUGAAAAACAGCAUCUUGACCAAGGAUGUUACUGAAAACAUCAAAGAAAAAGAGCUGAGUGAUCUGAAAUGGAACUAUGAAGUAUUAGAAAAAAAAUUCAGCAAGCUGCAGCUGGAAAGGGACCAACUGUACAAAACCCACAUUGAGAAUAUUGAGAAAGUGCAGCAAAAAGCUGAUACGGAUAACGCGCUGCUAGAAAGGAGAGUGUCAGCCCUGACGGACAGCGUGGAGGCGACUCAGGCUCGGCUCAGCUCACUGCUCUGUGCCCCUAACGUGGACCAGACCGCACUUCGUGGGAUCACAGACGGCAUCCAGGAAACCAUUGACUCCAGUAAUAAGUCCAUCCAAAACCUACAACAUAAAAAAGCUCUAAUUUCCAAAGCUCGUGAGGAUUUGCUGUUGACCUAUGAAGCAAAGCAAAGGGCUCUUGGUGUCCCAGUGGAGGAGCUGAGUGUGAAGCCCUUUGAAAGCAGCCUGGCUGGGAAAAGUCUGGAACAGAUCUCGGCUCUUGGCAAAAGAAGAAUCAACAAAAGUCCAAACUAAACUAUUAACAACAAAUCUCACUUGCCUAGGAUCUCACUGGAAUCUGUCCUACUAUAUUUGUCAUAUUUUUCCUUUAUACUGUUAUUGAUGUUUCUUAACAGACAGAUGAACUGGUCCAUUAUGUUCUUGAUGAUUCAGGCUGACAGUGGAUACUUAUCACAUGCUGUCAGAUACAGAAGAUGAAAGUAUCUACAAAUAAAUUCGAAACUAAAGACUUUAUUUGGAGAUUUUUCGCUAGUUUCAUUUACUUGGCUUUGUUUUGCCGUUUCACAUGAAUUCCUCAGGGAAAUGAGGGAGUGAGAGAAGGGAAGGUGCCAGUUGAAUGAUCUGGCAGGGCAGUAGUGGUGGUUUGAUUCCUGGUUCCUCUAGAAUGGCCUUCUCCUUCCUAAUUUACAUUCCCUGUAUUGUAUUUGUAAACCAUCAGCCAUUCUGUUUAAACCUGCCUUUGAAUAAAGCAAAAACCUUUUACUGAUGGAGUAAA